ACCGCCGCCACCGCCGCCGUCAAACCCCUCUUCCUCUCAUUCUCAAACUCUUUCACCUCCAGAAACUUCCACCAACACAAACGCAUCAGAUACACCUCCUCCGCAACUAAAUUCCCAAUUUCCAAUAAACCCCCCUCUUUCUCCGCCAAUUUGGGGCUUUCUGGAAAAGCCCUAGUUUCUACCGUUCCACCACAGCCAGAACCAGAACAAGAACAAGAACAACCACAAUCUUCCAAAUUGCUCACUCUACCCACCAUUCUCACUCUUGGUCGUGUCGCCGCCGUGCCGCUUCUUGUUGCCACUUUCUAUUUGGAUGGUUGGCAAGGAACAGUAGCUACUACCACAAUCUUCAUUGCUGCUUCUGUUACAGAUUGGCUUGAUGGUUACAUUGCUCGCAAGAUGAAUUUAAAAUCUUCAUUUGGUGCAUUCUUAGAUCCUGUAGCUGAUAAGCUUAUGGUUGCUGCCACAUUGGUUUUAUUAUGUACUAGACCUUUGGAUGUUGGUUUGUUUGCACAAGCACCCUGGUUACUACCUAUACCUGCCAUUGCCAUCAUUGGCAGAGAGGUAAUGAAUGCUUAUCUGACUUCUAAUGCAUGCUUUACUAAUAAGCUCUUCUUUACAUCACUGGGAACUGUGUGAGGGUCCUUCUUCAUGUAUCACUAAAUUCAUGCAUCUUAAUUGUUUUGUAUUAUUAUAUUUCUUUAUUUUGUUCCAUUUUUCAUAUUUUGUUCUUUGAUGUUUUGUUUGUAACGUGUUUAUGUGUACUAAUGAAUGAACUCUUACUACACCAACUUACCUUUACAAUUAAACUGGUGUUCACUGUAACAGUCAAAGAAUAAGAAUUACUAAUGAUGUUAUUUUUCAUACUA